AUGAAUCAUGCAGUAGAAAGAUCUAACACAGAUAAAAAUUUAAAAUGUACAUGUGGUAUAUCUAACACAGAUAAAAAUUUAAAAUGUACAUGUUGUAGAUCUAACACAGAUAGAAAUUUAAAAUGUACAUGUGGUAGAUCUAACACAGAUAGAAAUUUAAAAUGUACACAUGAUAGAUCUAACACAGAUAAAAAUUUAAAAUGUACACAUGAUAGAUCUAACACAGAUAGAAAUUUAAAAUGUACACAUGAUAGAUCUAACACAGAUAAAAAUUUAAAAUGUACACAUGAUAGAUCUAACACAGAUAAAAAUUUAAAAUGUACAUGUGGUAGAUCUAACACAGAUAGAAAUUUAAAAUGUACACAUGAUAGAUCUAACACAGAUAGAAAUUUAAAAUGUACAUGUGGUAGAUCUAACACAGAUAGAAAUUUAAAAUGUACACAUGAUAGAUCUAACACAGAUAGAAAUUUAAAAUGUACAUGUGUACAAGAAUCUCAAGAUUCUACUUUAGCUGACUUUUUGGAUUUGAUCCAAAUCAAGUUAAACCAUGUUUUAACAUGUUCUAAAAGAUUAAGAUUAAGUUGA